GAUUGCACAAUAAGUUCAAUAGCAAAAGAAGGAACACGUGGAGUUGGAGGAUCAAUCACAGCACAAGGAAAGAAUUCAGAGACAGAGAAAUCUGGAUUUUCAUUUGUGAAUUGCAGUAUUAUUGGCACUGGAAAAGUGUGGCUUGGCCGAGCUUGGGGCGCUUUUGCUACUGUUGUCUUCUCCAACACUUAUAUGUCUGAUGUGGUUUCCUCUGAUGGCUGGAAUGAUUGGAGAGAUCCUACUAAAGACCAGACAGUAUUCUUUGGGGAGUACGAGUGUUAUGGGGCAGGAGCCAACUACACAUUUAGGGUACCCUACUCAAAGCAGUUGAAGCAGAAUGAGGCAGCACUUUACAUGGAUGUUUCAUUUAUAGAUGGACAGGAAUGGCUUCUUAAUAUGAAGUAA